GUAUUCCUAAAUGCGCCGGGUAGCUUCCUACCAAAUACAAACAAACAUCUAAAAAAUCGUCUAUAAUCCAAAAAGUCUUGCAUAAUGGAGGUUCGCAAGCGAAGUAAUGAAAAGCCUAUGCAAGCUAAGACCCGCGAUAGUAGGAAGAAUGGUUCAACAAAGUUAAAAAAAUUAGAUAAUCAAAUUGGUAUGAAAAUUUGGUUAAUUAUCAUUCUUUUAAACUUGGCCUUUCUUCUAUUUGCUCAUUCGCGCAACUUUGUCUUUCCUGAACCCAAAACAAUUGACAAAUCAAGCGAUGGUGAGUUUAUUGAGGAAAUUGCGAGAAGCCAUCUAGUCAAUAUCACUGAUAUUGGAGUACGAACGGUUGGUAGUGUUGAAAAUGAAGUAACAACGGUUGAGUAUUUGUUGUCAACUCUGAGAAAAUAUCGCGAAGGAUCGGCAAACUCUCAUACAUUCGAAAUUAUAUCCGAGAGAAGUUCUGGCUCUUACACAUUGGAUGCUCUUGGUGCCUCUUUUGGACAAUUAUACGAAAAUGUUAACAAUAUAGCAGUCAGAUUGAGGCCAAAAUCUGGUACGAAUCAUGAUUUAUUAGUAAAUUGCCAUUAUGACUCGCAAAUCGGGGCUCCUGGUGCCAGUGACGACGUGGUGUCUUGUGCGCUUAUGCUCGAAGUUUUGAGAAUCCUUAGUAAAUCUCCAGAAAAUUUGAAUCACGGAAUCAUUUUUCUGUUCAAUGGCGCAGAAGAGACCAUCCUCCAAGCAAGCCAUGGUUUCAUAACUCAACAUCCUUGGGCAAAAACUAUUAGAGCUUUUGUUAAUUUGGAAGCAGCUGGAGCUGGAGGUAGAGAACUAUUGUUUCAAGCCGGCCCUGGAACUCCCUGGCUCUUAGAUACUUAUGCUAAAAGUGCUCCUCACCCAUUUGCUGCCGUAUUUGGACAAGAACUCUUUCAAUCGGGAAUCAUCCCCUCUGACACUGAUUUUCGAAUAUUUAGAGAUCAUGGAGGAUUAUCCGGAUUGGAUAUCGCAUAUAUUCAUAACGGCUAUGUCUAUCAUACCAUUUUCGAUGAUCCAAGUCGAAUUCCAACGGGAUGUAUUCAACGAGGAGGUGAAAACUUGCUGGCUGUUGUAAAAGCCAUUGCGAACUCAUCGUAUCUAUCAAAACCGUCGGAAUUUAAGAAGGAUCCUUUUGUGUUUUUUGAUUUCUACGGAUAUUUUAUGAUUGUUUAUCCUUCUUCUUAUGGUCUCGUUUUAAACUGCACCGCUUGUGCAAUUGUUCUUUUGGAAGUGAUAAAUAGAAUUUUUGGUUUUUCAAAAAGGGGAGUUGGACGGUCAGAGUAUAUUAAAGCCUUCUUAGUCGGUUUACUUGCACAAAUUAUAGCUCUUUUUGCAUCACUUCUCCUCUCCUUCUCUGUGGCAUUCCUACUAACUAAAUUUAAUAAAGUUCUUUCUUGGUAUACAAAUACCUGGCUUCUAUUCCCGUUAUACGUCGCGCCAUCGUUUCUGUCAAUGAUUGCUGUUCAUAAUUUCUUUAAAGGAAAAUUAGAGACCAAAAAUAAUUCCAUGGAUAUAGAGGAGAUUGUGUUCGAAAGCACUAUUUUUAUCUUCACAAUUCUUUUAUUUGUUGCAACACUAUUUAAGAUAGACUCUGCUGUUCUGCUCUUUCUUACUGUGUUACCACCGAUUUUAAUCAAGGUCCACGGAAGUUCAUUGUUAUCGGCGGAAAAAAGCCUGCACGUUCUGAAAUUAAGAUGUUUCUUACAUAUUUUGUCAAUAAGCAUUCCCCUAUCCGUUGGAAUUUACUUCAUUUAUAAUAUUUACGCCUUUUUUGUACCACUAUUUGGUAGAACUGGUAAUGGAAUUCCUCCAGACUACGUUAUAGCAGUCUUAACUACCAUCCUAUCUUAUUUCUGCCUAUGUUUCCAAAUGUCAUUAGUCUACGUAACCAAAUGUGUUAAGAAAUUGAUGCUACUCUUGGCCGGAUUACUUGUAUUAGGUUUGCUCCUUGUGUUUUUUACAAAUAUGGGUUUUCCGUACUCAGCAAACAAAAAUAGUCCAUCCACCCAAAGACUCAUAGUCCAGCAUGCCGCUGUAACCGAACGUAAAGGAAACUCUCUCAAUAAAAUUCAUUCAGGACUGUGGAUUUCUUCUUUCGAUUAUUAUGGAAUUCAACAGAUAGAAAAGAAUCCAAUGGUUGCCAAAGCCACUCAUCAAACAUGCAAAGUUGAGGAGCCUUAUUGUGGUCAACCUUUUUAUUUUCCAAUUACCCGCAUGAUAAAGCAUUCAUACUGGAUUCCUGGAGAUUCACCAAAUAUUGAACCUGCAGUUCAUUUAGAGGAAGUUAAAAGAAUUGAAACAGAGACAGGAGUUCGAGUCUAUUUUAAAUUAGAUGGCCCAGAAAGACGUGUAAUAUCGAUCAGACCAGAUAAAGAUGUUGAACUUACGGCUUGGUCUUUAUCAAAUAGAAUAGGAAAACCAGCAUUAGUAUCUGGUGGAUUCAAAAAUUAUUUUAUCUUUUAUGUAUACGGAACCAGGCCUAAAACACCAACAGAAUUCUGGUGCGAAUUCAAAGGCAUUACAAAAACAACGAAAAACUAUAUAAAAAUUGGAGUAACAGGUCAUCAUGUCCAAGGUAAAAAUAAUUGGUCAAAAUUACUACAAGAAUUCAGUAAGAGUCUACCAGACACUAUCUCACCAAUAAUUGUCUCAUCUGACCAACAUUUGUACAACUUUUAAGAAUAUAAUUGUUCGGUUAUGCUUCUUUUUUUUCAUUUAUUUUUCAUUUCUACACUAAAAAAGCUAUUUAAAAGAAAUUUUAAAUAAAUUCUUUAUUUCUUGCUUUAAAAAAUUUCAUAAAAA